CUCAACCACAGAUUUCUCUUCGAUUUCUGCCUCUCGUUUAUAUUUCCUCUCUUCUAGCACCAAUCGAGGUCUGUGUUUGGGAUCAUCUUAGGAUCCUUAUCAUGAGCGGUGCUGCACAGCAGAGUUCCGCUCCGGUCGAGAUGGAUUUGGGGUCGCCUGCGGCUCGACCUGUCACUGGAAAGGUGCAGGGCUCGGGCGGUCCGGACAAUAUCGAGCAAGUAUUGAGUCACGAAGGCCGGCAGGAACAAGAUGCCUCGCAGUCGGAGCUUCAGAGGCUCGAUUUGGAAGAGGAUGCGCCGGUGGCCCGGAGCAACUGGAAGAUCUUUGCGACCAUGAUUGCUCUUUCGCUGGCUCUUUUCAUUUCAGCCCUAGACCAGACCAUCGUGGCUACGGCAACCCCCACCAUCUCGUCGGAGCUGCACUCUGCGUCGGGAUAUGUCUGGAUCGGAGGUGCCUAUCUCCUUGCCAAUGCGGCGAGUUCGAAUAUCUGGGCCAACCUCUCUGAUAUCUGGGGUCGGAAGCUCGUUUUACUCACCGCCGUGGCUUUGUUCUUUGGCGCCUCCAUUAUCUGUGCAACUGCUGUCGAUAUGCCCAUGUUGAUCGCAGGCCGUGGUCUACAAGGUAUUGCUGGCGGUGGGCUCAUUCAGCUGAUCACCAUCACCAUUUCUGACUUGUUUAGUGUUCGGCUUCGCAGCCUUUUCAUGGGUCUUAUCGAGUUCAUCUGGGCUAUUGCUGGGGCCAUGGGCCCUCUUGUCGGUGGUGCUUUCACCCAAUCCGUCUCCUGGAGAUGGAUUUUCUGGAUCAAUCUUCCAGUCUGCGGAACGGCUUUUGUGCUUCUAUUCUUCUUCUUGGACAUCCACAACCCGAGAACCCCAGUCCUGGCUGGCAUCAAGGCAGUGGAUUGGUGGGGAAGCUUCUCCAUGCUCGCGCUCAUCAUCCUGCUUCUUCUUGGGCUCGACUUUGGCGGAGCCACUUUCCCCUGGGACUCUCCCAAGGUGAUUUGUCUCAUCGUGUUUGGCUCCUUGAUGUCGGUCGCUUUCAUCUACAGUGAAAAGCGCCUGGCCAAGUAUCCGCUUAUGCCGCUUGGUGUUUUCCAUAACAGAUCCAACGUCGCCUGCUUCUUGGUCGCGUUCACCCACGGUUUUGCCUUCCUCGGAUCAGAGUACUACCUCCCGACCUACUUCCAAUCCGCAAAGGAAGCAUCUCCCUUCCGGUCAGGGCUCAUGAUCCUCCCCUUCGUGCUCACCGAAGCCGCUCUGAGCCUAUUUGCCGGGCUUUUCAUUCACGCCACGGGCCGCUACCUGGAGAUCGUUUGGGCGGGAACGACCCUGGUGGUCCUCGGUCUCGGUCUCUUCAUCGACCUCGACACAUCCGCCUCGCUGGGUAAGAUCAUCGCCUAUCAGAUCGUGGCCGGGAUGGGAUGCGGCCUGCUCUUCUUCCCGCCCCUCCUUGCUCUCCAAAGCAACGUCACACAGCGCGACACCGCGAGCGCGACCGCGACAUUCGGGUUCAUCCGCAACGUGGCGAUGGCUAUGUCGGUGGUGCUGGGCGGCGUCGUGUUUCAGAACAGUAUGGAGAUGCGGCAGGGUGACCUCCGCGCCGCGGGUCUGUCGUCAGCGUUCCUGGAUGAGUUCUCCGGGUCGGAGGCGGCGUCCAAUGUGGUGGUUAUCCCGAGUGUGCAGGAUGUGGAUCAGCGCCAUGCGGUUGCGAACGCCUAUGCGUGGAGUCUGCGCAACAUGUGGAUUCUGUAUGCAUGUGUGGCGGCUGUUGGUUUUGUGGCUAGCAUGUUCAUCACCCGGCAGCAUCUGAGCAAGGAACAUGUGGAGACCAAGACAGGUCUGAAGGAGAAGGAGUCGACCAGCUCUUAGGGGACAUCUAAAACGGCUGUACAUAAAAGUUGCUUUCAUUCUGUGAUUGGGAACAUAGCCUGCAUUUGUAUGGGAAUUGGGAAUAGACAUCAUCCAGUUCAG